AUGCGCGCUCAAGACCUCCCCAACUUCAAAGACAUGCCUGCCGUCAAGGGAAUGCCCCACGGCACGGCUUGGGGAUUGUGGGACAAGAAUGGCGAACGAGACAAUUGCGGAUCUCUCAAUCUGCUCACGCCAGAAAACACAAUCGAAGCCCAGAAAGAAAUCAAGACUGGCAAGAGCGUAGCUCUCAACUGGAAUCUAGAACAGGUCCACCAGCCUGGCUUCCAGCGCGAAACCCCAAAACACACCUUCAAAGACCUAAAACCCCUCGGCUUCGUCGGCUUCGACGACCUCAUCCAUAUCAACACCCAGAGCGGUUCCCAAUGGGACGGUCUCCGGCACUGGGGCCAUCAGGACACCGGUCUCUACUACAACGGUCUCCAGCACGACGAGAUCCCUCUACCCGAGAACGCGGAGAAGAACGGCAUUCACCACUUCACGCGCCGCGGAGGCAUAGUCGGGCGCGGCGUGCUGAUCGACUAUGUAGAAUACGCAGCACGACACAACAUUUCCUACUCGGCGACGACGCGCCACGAAAUCAGCGUCGGAGAUUUGGAGACCGCUGCGAGAGAGCAGGGUGUGGAGUUCAAGCCGGCGGAUAUCUUGAUUGUGAGGAGCGGAUGGGUCAAGUGGUACGAGCAGGCAGAUGCGCAGGUCAGGGUCAAGGGAGCUAGAGAUGGACAUGAACAUGUUGGGGUAGCGGGGAAUGAGGAGACGGUGGAGUGGUUGUGGAACCAUCAUUUUGCUGCGGUGGCUGGGGAUGCGAUUGCGUUUGAAGCGUGGCCGCCUAAGGCGCCUUAUAGACUCCAUGAUCACUUGCUUGCGAUGUGGGGAACUCCAAUUGGCGAGCUGUGGAACUUGGAGAAGCUGGCUGAGGUUUGCAAGAAGGAGAAUAAGUAUAGCUUCUUCCUGACAAGUGCGCCUUUGAAUGUUCAUGGUGGGAUUGCAAGUCCACCGAAUGCGUUGGCCAUUUUGUAG